AUGUCCCCCAUCGCUGUCCCCGGAACGCCCUCCGAAACCCCCACCCCGGCCAACGGAGCCAUCCCAGCACCCGUCGCAAACCCUCUCUUCUCCCUCUCAAACCGCACAGUCGCCAUCACCGGCGGUGGCCGCGGCCUGGGAAUCGUCCUAACCAGCGCCGUCCUCGAAGCCGGCGCCGAUGUCGCCUGCCUCGACCUUCUCCCGGCCCCCAGCGCCGAAGAAUGGGUCGGUGUCCAGAAACUGGCUGCCUCGCGCGGCCUGCAGGCAUCAUACAUCCAGUGCGACAUCACAGAUGAAGAGUCCACAAAGACGGCGCUGGAGAAGAUUGCCGCGGUGGGAAAGGAGCGCGGAAUGCCACUCAGGGGCGCGAUUACCUGUGCUGGCAUCCAGCAGAUGGUUCCGGCUUUGGAGUACCCGGUUGAUUUGUGGAGGAAAAUGUUGGAUGUCAACGUCGUUGGAACGUUUAUCCCCGCUAAGCACUGUGCGCGUAUAUUCAAGGAACAGGGGACCGGGGGGAGCAUUGUGAUGAUUGCGUCGAUGUCUGGGCAGAUUGCCAACCGGGGGCUAACAUGCACCGCAUACAACUCAUCCAAGGCCGCCGUGCAUCAGAUGUGCCGCUCCGUAGCCCAGGAAUGGGGCCAGUACGGUAUCCGCGUCAACACAUUGUCUGCCGGGUACAUCCGCACGGCCAUGACAGACGCUCUUCUGGUAGCCAAGCCCGAGGUCGAAGAGACCUGGAUGCGCGGCGCCCUGCUCAACAGACUCGGUGUCCCCGAUGACUUCAAGGCGCCAACGGUAUACAUGCUCGCCGAUGGGAGCGGGUUUAUGACCGGGGCUGAUCUGCGGGUUGAUGGCGGACACUGUGCUUCAGCAUGAGAUGACGAAAUGUUAAUGAAUAGAUUAGAUUAAUAGACAUAGACUGCAAGUCACUAGCUCAGCCGCACGAUCACAAGAGCAGCUCGUAUUUAGUAGUUUAUUUCUCUCGCUAAAGUUAAAUCGCGACUGGUGCGCAGAGCCGGACACGAUGUUAUUCGAGAUACGGUGGGGCUUCAGCUGCAGCUCGUGUCUUCUUCUUGGCCUGAUCGCCAGCGAAUGAGCCUCGCGCCAGCAGAUUUGGGUUUUCAUGAAUACGAACGUCGAGCGGCCACUUCUGCGCCUCAACGGCCCGAAAUGGCUGAGAUUAAAUAGAGGGCCUUCGCCGUGAUCGUGGCUCAGCCCUCAAUUUGCAAGA